AAUGGAGAAGACACCGGGGCAGCACUGCGAGAACAGUGAAAGUGAGGGUAAAGAGAGAAGUGAGGAGAGAUCACCAUUAUCGUUAAACCCUGGAAGGUCAUCAUCCUCAAGCUUCAAGGAAGGGUCAGUGAUUAGCCUGUUGGAGAAUAAUCUUAAUGAGAAUCUGAGAUAUUCAUUCAGUCAGAGAAGGAAUUCUACUAGAGACCAAAAUCCUCUAUAUGAUAAGUUGUUCUCAGAAGGAGAUAAUGAAGACCUUGAGGCUAAUCCUGAGAGCAAUAAUUCUAGCGAAGUGCAUGCGACUGUAAACCUGUACCUGCUUAACAAGCUCAGUGCUGAGAUGGGGUUUAAAAAGAGCACUGUGAAGCAUGUCCUUGUCAAUUACUCCUCAGAUAUCGGCAAUGAUAUCGGAAAAGCUAUUGAUUUCUGCAUGUUUGCCAAAGAAAAUGGUCUUGAUGACCAUCUCUCAGAGAGCGAAAGCAGUAUUGAAGAGUUCAAUGGUCAAAAUGUUAGCUCUCUUACCACUGUGAACAGGUUGGAAAUGGGAACAAUAAUCGAAGAGGAAGAGUCCAAGGAUUUAUUGAGCUCAGAGAUUGACCAAAACGAGUCAUCAUUGACUAUGGUUGCAGAUAACAAAGAAGAGCCUAAAUCUGAAUAUUCCUCAGAGGACUCUAGUGAUGAUGAAGCUGUAGAUCCGAACGAGGAGACAGUAAAUUGCCUAAUCUGUUACGAGGACCAUCCAAUCUCCAGAGUAUAUUCUCUCUCAUGAGGUCAUCAGUUCGGCAUCUCAUGCCUCAGGAUGAUGUUCAAAGUAGGCAUUAACGAUGGGAAAGUUCUUGAGACUAAUUGAGCACAUUAUGAAUGUGAGAAGAAGUACACUCCUCAGGAUGUCAGAUCCAUUGUAAAAAGCACCAGGCUGCUUGAGAAAUUCGACAGAUUCAGAGAAAAUAUGGAAGUAAAUAUGGAUAAAAACAAGCAAUGGUGCCCAUACCCUAAUUGCAACCUUUGGGCUAAAGGAUCAGGCUGGAAACCCAAGGUCCAAUGUGACAAUGGUCACAGAUUCUGAUUUAUCUGUCAACAAGAUUGGCACAGAGGUAACUGCAAAGAUGCACUUGACGAUAAGUUACUAGAUUAUGUGUCUGAGAAGGGUGUCUGAAGAUGUCCUAAAUGAAAUAUCAGAACUGAGAAAAACUCUGGGUGAAACCAUAUGACAUGUAUAUGUGGCCAUCAAUGGUGAUGGCUCUGCAAAGGUAAAUACUCCCAGCACCAUUAUUCUUACUGGAAUGUAUUUGGCUGUGCAAGUAUGCAGUAUACUGAAGACUGGAAUAAGUGAAAGAUCUUACUCUAUUACACUCUUAUGAUCUUCGUAUUAAUGCCAGUAUUCAUGCUUUUUUGUCCUGUUGGAAUGAUGAUAGUGGGAAUGUAUGAUCCCUUGAGAAACUAUGACAACUGCUGAGCUCAAUUUUGAUUAAUACCAAGAGCAAUUCUAGGAUACAGAUAUAGAUUGAAAUGAUCCCAAAUCCUUUGAUUAACCUGACUAUACCUUCCUUUCAUUCUCACAUUUGGGCUCUUAGUAGGAGUAAUGUUUUUCAUUGUCCUCUACCCAAUCGCUGUUGCAAUUACAGUUUGGAAGAUGAUCAGGUUGAUAUUCAGAGAUUGAAGAUGCUUUCAGAAACUCACUUAUUAAUCAAGCUGUAUAAGCUUAUUUCUCACGCUCAAUAACCUUGUUCUG